AUGACGGACUCCCACAUCGCAGGGGGCGCUGGCACGGAAUGCGUACCCAACACUACGUCGGAAGAUGACCGCAACUCCGAAGAUGAUAUCGAUGACUUAGACGAGGACAGCGAGGAGUUGCUACAACGACUGGCGACCAGACACUACUACAGCUACACCGCAGCUUUAGGAAUCACAGUAGGCGUGGGAUGCCUCCUCCUAGUGCUCAACAUGCUCAUAUUCGCCGGCAUCUACUACCAACGGGAAAGAGAUCGCAGACGACAAAACCCAACACAAAACCGCCACUCACGAUCCAACUCGACGCCUUCAACAGAGACAAUACCGAUGUCACAAAGACCAUCCACGCCAGGAAGUUCGGCGCGACAAUCUCCAAUAAUAACCAAGAAAGAGAAACACGAGCUUCCUCCCUCCUACACCCUGGGGCCGGACAGUCCCAUGCUCGACUGCCAAGGUAAUUUUGCUCAAAACACCUUAAGGAGAGAGAAGCCACCCCCACCGAUGAGGACGUCUAGCAACCCUCCCGGCGGCACUGUGAAGAAGAGAGUGCAGAUACAAGAGAUUUCCGUAUAG